AUGGGGAAGGAAAAGACUAAAAAUAUUAGGGCAGAUGAGAUUCUUGAGAUGGUUUUGAAUGAACAAACUUGUGUUUCUGCUGGUAGGGGGGAAUUCCGUAGCUUCAUGACUCAAUACCCUGAGUUAAGAGAAUUGUGGUACAGCCAAGAAUUUAAGCCAGAAAUGUUUGGUAAUUUGAGAAAGCUAGUAGUGCAUAAAAGUGAGUUUUUAUCAGAUGUGCUCCUACCGUUAAAUUUGCUGCGUGGACUAUCCAACUUAGAAGAGCUUGAAGUAAGUGAAUGUGAUUCACUAAAAGCUGUGUUUGAUUUAAGCAAUGUGAGUGGAAAGGAAGUGUCAGUGAAGGAAACCAUUCAGCUGAAGAGAAUGACUCUCCUUCGUCUACCUAUGCUCAAAGACAUAUGGAAACAGAACUUUCAAAAAAUUGUCAGUUCUAGAGAAACAACAAUAGAAGAAGGAGGAGGAGAAGAAGGUGCUAUUCAGCAUCAGCAACCAGCAUAUUCCAUUAGACAGCCGAAGCAAAUGUGGAGUAGAGAUCCUCAAACAAGCCUUCGCCUUCAUAAUCUGCAAGUUGUACACGUUGAAGACUGUAAUGCUCUAGAAUACAUUUUUCCAUUUUCCAUAGCCAUGGAUCUGCCUCAGCUUGAAGAAAUUACCAUAAAGGAUGCAUGGAAGAUAAAGGAAAUUGUUUCAGCCAAAGCACGGCCCUUAGAUUGUCCUCCAAAAUUUGAAUUUAAUCGUAUGAGCUCAUUAGUCCUUUGGAAUUUAACAGAACUCCGAGGGUUUUUUGCUGGAAAUCACAGUUUAGCAUGUCCAUCAUUGAAGGAAUUAGAUGUCCGCGGUUGUUUCAAAUGGGAGCUAUUCAUGAAACAGGGUGCUAGCAGCAAAGGAAGAGUCUUUGAUCGUAGUCUGCAAGUCUCAAUGCAAAAGUCUUCUUUCCCACUUGAAGAGGUGAUUUGCAACUUGGAGACGUUGGGCCUCAACUAUGAAGAUGCUAGGGUGAUAUUACAAGGUCAAUUUUCUGGAGAGAACUUCAGCAAACUCAAAUCUCUAUAUUUGGCCCACUUUACAGAUGGGCAAGCUACAUUUCCGUAUUGGUUUGUACAAAACAUAACCACUCUCCAAACACUGCUUGUUGAACAUAGUUCUUUCAAGGAGAUGUUCCAACAUGGCAGGCAAAAUGGGAUUCAAACCCGAAUCAAAGAAUUGACGCUCAAUCAAUUGCAUGAACUCCAGCACAUAUGUAAAGAAGGAUUCCCAAUGGACCCAGUUCUUGAGAUUCUUGAAGUCUUAUAUGUGGGUGGAUGUUCCAAAUUGAAGCACCUGCUACCUUCCUCUGCAACUUUUAAUCACCUAACAGAUUUAGAAGUCGAAGAUUGCAGUGGAUUGAUUGACUUAUUUACCUCAUCAACAGCAAGAAGUCUUGUCAAAUUAACAACAAUGAAAAUAAGGAACUGCUAUUCACUAGAGCAAGUUGUGGCAGAAGAGAGAGAUGAGCCCAAAGAUUUAUGGAGAGUUUGUAUCAGCAAAUGCCCAAGAAUGGAGAUCUUCUCUUUGGGAAAAACACACAUGCCAAAGCUUGGGAAUGUUAUAACACAGAAAGAAAACCACUUGCAAGGUGACCUUAAUACUGCACUAAUCAAGAUCUUCCAAGAUAAUGCCAUUGGGGAAAGAGAUAAAGGAGAUUACGAGGAAUCUUCAAGAAAAGUAUCAGAAAUUAAUGGAGCAUCAAGCUUGGAGGAUACAACCAAACAAGAAAUUCACAAGCUUCCAAGUCCAUCUGAUGAUAAAGAGCAAAAGGAAAAUAUCUUAUCAACGGAUCCUCAACAUGCAGCUAAGGAAAGUCAAAGGAUGCAUGACACCAAUGAUAGGGUCUCAAUUCAGGAUUGGGAUCACAUGCAGUGGUUCGUGUGCAGUGUUUGGGAACUAAUAAAUUACUUUUACACCAAUGCCUCUCUCAUCCACAAGAACAAUCCAAUGGCUAUUGUGGACACACUUCCCAGACAUUGUGCGCUAGCUACUGCAUAUGUGAACGAGACUAUUGAGAAACCCUUUAUUCAAACUGCCCAGGAAGCACAAAGAUCAGAUGCAGUACAAGAUGAAGAUAUUGGAACGCAAGAUAUUCAUGACACCACAGAGAAAACCUUGAUUCAAAGUGAUAAAGAUACAGAGAAACUUACUAUAGCACAAACCAUAGAAUCACAUGAUUCAUAUGUUGAGCCUAAAGAGAUGUGCAACACCAUUAAGAAACCUUUAAUUCCAGCUGCUCAGAAUGAACCAAACCCAACAAUAAUUCUUAAUGCAGCUAUUGAAACUCAAGAGCUUCAUGACACUAUGGAGAAACCCUUAAUUCAUAGUGACCAAGAUGCAAAGAAACAUGCCACAGCACAAGCCAUAGCUAUUGAAACUCAAGAGAUUCAUGACACCUCAGAGAAACCCUUGAUUCAAUAUGACCAGAAUGUAGAGAAAGUUGCCACAGUACAAACUACAGGUAAUGAUUUUGUCUUGCAAGCUCCAGUCAAAUUUUGUAAGAGAAUUUCCAGUCUUAUAAUGCUUUUUUCACUACUUUCUAGCUAUUGA